AAAAACUAACGUUCGCGUCCCGUGAAAAUAAAUAGUUUUAUACAUUGUUAUAUGUAAAGAAUUACAUACUUUGUGAGAAAAAAGAUGCUUAAAAGAUUUAGUGAAGGUGAGGAUGGUGAUGCACGAAAGUUACGGAAGAUACGUAAGAUGGAAAGGAAAAUACAAAGAUACAAAGAAGCCAUGACAGCUGCGGAUCCAGAAACAUUAUCAAUUUUGGAGCAAAAUAGUGUGGAUGAAAAUUAUAAUAAGUUGGAAGAAGAAGAUAAUGCUCAUACUGACAAACCAGAAGAAAACCAAGAACACCAUCAAGAACAGGAGGAAGAGGAAGGUGAUAUCGAGAUAGAGGAAGACCUGCCCCAAGACAUCCUGGCUGCUCUCGGAGAAGGGGGACAGGAUGAUGAUGCUAACUAUGGUGCUGAAAUAAAACCGGAGAUUGUAAAGAUAAUCGAUACUAUACUAACAGAUGGAAUUAAUAAAGAGAUGCUUGAAUCCUUAUCAAAGACUAAGAUCCCGAGAAACAUCAAACUGUUAGAUGCUCCAAAACUAAAUACAGAAUUUGCAGGGUUCCUCAACAACUCCAUGACUAAUAGAGACAACUUACUGAAAGAUAGACAGCAAGACCUGGGUAGAGCAAUUGCUUUAGUUACUCAAACAAUUAAUAAUCUAACCAAGAAAGAUUUUGAUAAAUUACAGGCAAUAAAGUCCCUGAGUGACAGCAUAAGACUACUCAGUAACCUGCAUUUCAAUUACACCCAAAUUCGCAGAAAGUUGAUUGCACCAUUUAUGGAUAAGUCAUUGACACAGAACUUAAGUGCAAACAAGCGAUCUGAGUUUUUAUACUCUAAACUAGAGGAAUCGGUAAAGACAUCCUCUGCAAUGAAACGCACAAUCAGCAUUCUUAAACCCAAGAACACACCAAAAAACUAUCAGAAUCCCAGGCGCCAAACCGCCCCAAGUCACUACACGACAAGAGCAAACAACACGAAUUACAAACCAAGACCAUAUCAAAGCAACCAGGCCCCAACCUACAAGCCACACCGCAGCCAUCAACAUCUACCACAACAAGCGAGGUCAACCCGCCGACCAACAACAUCCCAUCAUCGAGGAGGUCGUGCGAAGUACCCAUAAAGAACUGCCCACCCACUCCAGACUCAACUUAUCCUGGCGGCGUGCAAAUUAUCAGGGAAGCGUUUAAAAGAAGAUUAAUUGCAGAACGUUCAAUUGACAUUAUGAUUGCUUCAUUAUCUAAGAACUCCAU